AUGGUUUUCCUGUGUAGUGGGGUAUGUGUAUGGGGGGUGUGAACUUGUGUAUGACAGUGCGAGAGUACAUAAGAAAGGAACCCUUUAUUCUUGCAGCAAUUCUGUAGACGUGUUUCUCACUGGCAAACCUUAGCAGCUGCACUGAAAUGUCAGAUGGAUUUGCACAGCUGACUCAAGUUGCUGAAAAGAGAGCAGCAUAGCAGCUCCAUAAACUGACCAUCUCCAGCCAAGCCCUGCUUAAUAUAGACACGGAAUGAGCUCAGCCUCAGUCACUCCUUGCUGCUCAAGCAAGCACGACUGGGGUUCUUGGGAGGAAAAUCUCUCAAAGAGAUGUUGACCUGGGAUACUAGUUAACUGGGGAAACUUUUUGAGAGGUUUUUUUAAAAUCAUCUUUAAUUAUUUCUCUUUUUCUAGUAAAAUAGAAAAAAAUACAGAAAAAAAAUCAUGUCCAAGCACAGCAGGAAUUCAGAUCAAGAAGAACAAUUUGAUGAAGAGAUUGAUGAAGAUAAAAUUUUGGCCAACUUGUCCCCAGAAGAGCUGUUAGAACUGCAGUCAGAAAUGGAAGUCAUGGCUCCUGACCCCAGGCUUCCCGUGGGAAUGAUUCAGAAAGAUCAAACAGACAAGCCACCAACAGGAAGCUUCGACCAUAAGUCUCUUGUUGAUUAUAUGUAUUGGCAAAAGGCAUCCAGACGCAUGCUGGAAGAUGAGCGCAUUCCUGUCACCUUUGCACCAUCCCAGGAAAACACUGAAGAGCAGCAUAGAGAAGUGAACAGAGGUGACAUAAAGGUGUCCCAGUAUUUAAAAGAAAAGCUCAAUAAUGAAAUCAUUGCAAAUAAAAGAGAAUCAAAGGGCAGCAACAAUGUCCAAGAAACAGAUGAAAAUAAUAAUGAAGAUGAAGAUGAUGAGGAGGAUGAAGGUGAUGAGGAGGAUGAAGCAGAUGAGGAGGAUGAAGCAGAUGAGGAGGAGGAAGAAGAAAGUGAAGAAGAUGAAGAUGAAGAUGAUGAAGAAAAUGAGAGUGAAGGGAGCAGUGAAAAAGCAAAAAGAGAAGAGAUAGGUGAAGGAAAGGAGCCAAUUAGAAAUGGCGAGAGCCACCGGCAGGCAGUUCACCGAGCAUUUGAAGGACAAAAGGACAGACCAGAGGCCCAAGAGAAAAUUGAAAAGAUAUCAAAAUUAGAUCCUAAAAAGUUAGCUCUAGACACCAGUUUUCUAAAGGUAAGUGCAAGACCUUGGAACCAAACUGACCUAGAUGGAAGCUUGAGGAGAGUUAGACAAAAUGAUCCUGACAUGAAGGAACUCAACCUGAACAACAUUGAAAACAUCCCCAAAGAAAUGUUACUGGACUUUGUUGAUGCAAUGAAGAAAAACAAACACAUCAAAACCUUCAGUUUAGCAAAUGUGGGUGCUGAUGAGAAUGUGGCCUUCGCCUUGGCUAACAUGCUGCGUGAAAACAGGAGCAUUACCACACUCAACAUAGAGUCCAAUUUCAUCACAGGUAAAGGAAUUGUGGCCAUAAUUAGGUGUCUCCAGUUUAAUGAGACACUGACUGAAUUGAGGUUUCACAACCAAAGGCACAUGCUGGGCCACCAAGCUGAAAUGGAAAUAUCCAGGCUUUUGAAGGCAAACAACACUCUCCUGAAGAUGGGCUACCAUUUUGAGCUCCCAGGUCCCAGAAUGGUGGUGACUAAUUUGCUCACCAGGAAUCAGGAUAGACAAAGGCAGAAAAGACAAGAAGAACAAAAACAGCAACAACUCAAAGAGCAAAGAAGGUUAAUAGCCAUGUUGGAGAAUGGGCUGGGGCUGCCACCUGGGAUGUGGGAGAUGCUAGGAGGACCAAUGCCAGAUUCCAGGGUACAGGAGUUCCUUCAACCUCCUCCUCAUCCUCCCAACCUCCCAGCAGUCCCUUUCAGUCGACAAAAUGAAGUGAUAAAAAAGCCAUCACAGUCCCCUCCUUGCAGGACAGACCCUGACUCCUUCCGGGGAGUGAAGCUGAAGAGAACCCAGCGCAAAUCUCGGAUGCCAGAAGCCAGAGAAGCACCUGAAAAAACCAACCUCAAAGACGUGAUCAAAACACUGAAACCAGUGCCCAGAAAUAGGCCACCUCCAUUGGUGGAAAUCACCCCUAGAGAUCAGCUCUUGAACGACAUUCGUCACAGCAACGUUGCCUAUCUUAAACCUGUGCAACUGCCAAAAGGACUGGAAUAAGAAGAGGCAACAGAAUAAUCUAGAAGAACAGAAAUUGAAAUAAUGACUCUUGGAUUAGAGCUUGUGUAUCAGCAGCAUAGUUCUGGAUCCAGGUGGAACUGGGGACAAUGCUAAUAUCUGAUGCGGGAAUUUUAUAAAAGGCAGAAUGCUUAGCCCAUGAAAAAAUAGUGGCUGAAAAGGAAAGGGAAGGAGAUUAAAUAUUAACAUUCAGAGGCAAUGUUUUCUACUUCCAAUCAGUUUGAGUAACUUCAGUGAAAUUUAACCAUGUUUCCAGCACAGAAGUUAAAAAAACUUUUUUGUAAAUAUUUGCUUUACAAUUGCUUUCUUCUGCUAAAUAACAAUAAAUACAAUAGAAGUGUUAACUAUUAUAGUUCCAUUUUUUUAUCUUCCAUCUCUUCUGCUAUAAUUCACCACAUAGUAUCUUAAAGGAACAAACCAUAUUUCCCCUAUGGAAAUGUGAUAGGUGGAGGGUAACAACCUCCAGGCCCUUCUAAUGCUUUGAAAUGGAAAAAUUGUAAAUUAGCUUUUCUCUCAGACUCAGCUGAUGUUUCCAUUUUCCAACCCUGUGAUGCUUUCUCCCUUGGCCAUUCCCCUGGUGUUUUGGGACAUGCUUCUAAUAGAGGUAUCUGUGACAACCUAAAUGUUUAAGCCACAGGGUGUGAAGAAAACAAAGUGUUUCCUGAAAAACUAAUAGAGAAAACAAACCCUUCCCUGUUUCCAUACAUAUAGGAAACACUGGGAGACAGCAUGCUACCUCUGUAGAAAAAAAUUUUUAUAAAUAAUAUAGUAAUUGAGAGACUUUUGGUUUUAGCUAACUAUAUUUUGUUCGUUCUUUUUAAGUUUAGUCUGUGAAUCUAAUUUGAUCAUGUUUGAUCAUGUCUCUCCUGAAUCUUCUAAAUGAAACUUACUGUGUAUGGGAUUAAACUGAAGUUUCUUAUCCUGUCACAUAAGGCCCUCAGUGGCCUGGCCCUAAUGUACUAUCCAGUCUUAUUUGCCACAAGUCCUUCCUCAUGGAAUUCCUAUGCUUUUACUCUCAUCAGCCCCUCUACAGAGUAGCCCCCAGAGAUUUCCCUCUCACUUUCCACAUAUAAAGUCCUGCCCCAUCUUUAAAGCCAGGCCAGGUCCCAAUCCUCCACAAAAAUCUUCCAGACAACCCCAACCCAUGUGUUCUUUCUUCCUGCCAAGUUCCUAGGGCCCUACUUAGUUACCUGUUUUAGUCAUUAGGUGCAUAGAAUCUGAAAUUUUGUAUAGAAGCAGCAGGAACCCUAGAAACCAGAAAAUCACAAUUUGAUGCCUUUUCUCACUUCCUUACCCGAGUAAAUAACUGGCACCUGUCUUGUUUCUUUUAUACAAUCACAGGUGCUAGACAACAGUCAAACAAAUUAGAAAAAUGGAUCAAGUUUAAAACAAUACACUAUUUGGAAGGACAAGCCAUGGUAAAGAAAUAGGGUGUUUCUAUAUUUUAAAGCUAAUUUAGUGUGUACAAAGUAUCCAAAUUUAAACUGUUAUAGUUAUCAAUCAAUUAAUUUUAGAAUGGCCAAUAGCUGAUAGCUUUGUUUUAUCCUGCUUUAUUAUUUCUAUAAAACAUCCUUGCAUAUUAAGCAGGAUAAUUAAGAAAAGGCUAUAGUAAAUAAGAUCUUUAAGUGUCUAGCCCAUUCUACAACUAAACUCUGAUAAGACAAAGUGUUCACAUCAUAUUUAAAAACUUAAUGCAUAUUAGUGGUUGAAGUUCUGGAAAGCCUUUACACAUUUGCUUAUACAGCCACAAUGUUGAUAAAGUCAGCAGUUUCAAAAAGUGCUAAUAGUCCUGAAGGGACAUUUUAAUCUUAGAUGUGUAAAAAGUGAACAUGACCCAAAUUCAUAGAGUAUUGCCUCAACACACAGGUUUUGUCAAGAAGCAGGUUCACAUUAUGCUUUUUCUAUCUACUCAUUCCUAUGCUAAAAAUUUCUAAAUUGAAUAUUUUAAUGUUUUUAAAAUGUAAAAAUUUCCCCCCAAAUAUUUGCUUCUUGCCUGAUUGAGAGGAGGUCUCAAGACUUCAAAUGGCAGUCAUUGAGCUCUCACCCUGCCCGUUUAGAUAGAUGAUAUGAAGUGGGUAUGGGGGCUCAAGGGCUAUUACUGCCAUUUGAAAAUAAAAUACUCGCCAUACAUGGAUACGGCCUUAAUGUGUUUCUGACAUUUCAGUGAUAGCAAACCAUGCACAAAAUGGACAGCUGAGUUAACACUGUGAGGAGACAAAAUAAUGAGAACAGUUUUUCCAAACAUAAUGAAAUAUCAUAUAGUGUCUGUAUUUUUAUGAUUGAUCCGAGUGCAUUCUUAGAAAACUGAGACCCAGGGUAACAAAAACCCAGGGCAUUUUUGGAAAUUGUAUGCUCUCUAGCAAUUUUGUGUGAAUUUUUAUAUAAAUACUGUUUUACAGUUAUAGAAAAUGUUACAAAAAUAGAUAACCAUGUAAUAGUUUAUAGCAUUUACAUACUACUUUUCCAGAAUUGAUAUUAACUGUUACUAAUUAUAAUAAUUACAUUUUCAAAAUUCAAGUUGACAUUUUCCCCAAGUUUCUUGUGUUUAGUCAGAGAAAUCACUAUGCAGAAAAUGGAAGGAGCUAAAAUGUAUAUAAACC